AUGUCUUCCCCCCCUCUCUCUCUCCAACGCAUAUGCGUUAUCAGGCUAGAUCAAAAGAGUAAUGCCAAGGUAUCAAGCAAAAAAGGAAUUGAUAUGCCAAUGUUAAACAAAACAAUAAUCAGGACUAUCACUACUAGUUAUAUAAUACCACAAUACCCGCGACCUAAUUUUAUCUCCUUUGAUUUGUUUGACACUUUAUAUACCCCCAAACAGUCAGUUCCUUUAACAUAUUACAAAAUAGCCACUGAUGAGUUCAAUAUCCGACAUAAAUCCUUGGAAGCUAUAAAUAAAGAAUUACCCAUUGUAUAUAAUGAAGUUUUCAUGGAAUAUCCAAAUUACGGGAAAGGGGUGUUGAAAUCGUGGGAUUGUUGGUGGAGAGAGUUGAUUAUUAGGCUAUUUCAAUUGGAAAGAAACGACCAAAAGACUCAGGCUCUAUGUGAUCGACUAAUCCAAUUCUAUUCUGGUGAGGCUUAUAGAGUAUAUGACGAUGUCAUUCCUACUUUGGAUAUAUUAACCAGGAAUAACGUCAAACUUGUAAUCACAAGUAAUUCAGAUUAUCGAGUGUUUGAGAUUUUAAAGUAUUUAAACUUGAUUGAUUACUUUAACCAUGAGGAUAUCUUUUUGUCAUAUGAUGUUGGGUAUGUUAAACCUAGUAUUGACUUUUUCAAUGUGGUAGUAGAAACCAUGUACAAGCAACAAUAUGGAAAAGAUGCUGGAAUUCCCGAUAAAACAUAUCGAAACAAUUGUUUUCAUAUUGGUGAUUCACAUGAUAAGGAUUUCAUUGGAUGUAUCGCUAGUGGCUGGAAUGGUAUCUACUUGCAACGUGACGAGAAUAGUUACAAUGAAGAUUUGAUCCUGAUGACAAACGACGAUAGAAUGAUUAUAAGCAAUUUAACAUGUCUACCAACAGUUUUUCAAUUGUAA